AUGGCUAUGGGUACUCGCAACACGAAGCGACCCAGUCAGUCGCCCCCGCCCUCUUCGCCUCCCCCUACCAAGGUUUUCAUUGCUUCUGAAUCUGACGAUGAGUCCGUCGAUGGUGGGCUGACUGUCGAGGACUAUGUUGAUAUCAUGGCGGAACAUAGUUCGGAUUCUGACAGUCAGGCCGAUGCCGCUGACGCUGCCAAGGACGACGACGGCGAUUCUUCUAACGAAUGGGUUGUCCCCGAUAAUGUUGAACCCUCCAUACACGAGUCUUCCUCGGACACGAUGAGCGAGUCGGACUUCCCGACUGCCUUGACCGGGACUAGAGAACGUUCGGCUUCGUGGGAUCUCAAUGACUCCAUUCAUCUCGGCACCGUCGACGUCAAAGGCAAGUCUGUUGCAAAGCGCGUCGUCGUAACCGACAACACCGGAGAAUAUAUGGAGAACGUCGAUGGGAAAGACCAGCUCGGUGACGACGGCGAUGGCGCUGAUGAACCCGGCAAGUCUACUGCAGAAGAAGACGGUUCGAGAGAAGCCGCCGAUGCCAUCGCUUCUCAGACCAGACAGCUGUCUCUGGAUGACGCUGGUGUUCAUGGUCCAGUUGACAGUAGCGAGGGGGAUGUCGCCGACAUCUUUAACGCUGUCAAAGAAGGCAGAUCGGUCACUCUAACUGAAAAGCAGAAGGCAAAGGAGUUGAAGAAGAAGGCGGCUGAGGAGGAGGAGAAGAAGAAGAAGAAGAAGAAGAACGCCGCCGCCGCCGCGGAUGCGUCGAAGAAACCCGAAAAGGAGCAAGCAAAGUUGGAGCUUGAGAAGAAGGACGAGGUCGUUCUCGAUGAGCCGUUCGAACGUGAAGACGGUGUGCCUAUCAGAGGCAAGUUCCUGCGUCGUCUGGUCAUUCUCUGCGGGUUUGGGAACGACACCGAGUGCAUGUACUACGUGCGAAACGAACCUAGCAAGCUUGCUUGGUCCAAGGAGAAACCUCAAUUCUCGCGUCUCUUGGUCAAGAAGCAGGCGACUCGAUUGCGUUUAAUGGUGCUCGGCCAGGUUACUUGGAACGGCAUGCUUCCUACGCGCCACCCCGUCGACGGGCUAAAGUAUCCCAAGCGACCCAAGGUAUCUGUCAAGUGUCUUCGUGACGGCGACCUUGUAUACCUCAAGAAUAUGCUGAAGCAGUAUUCUGACUCCAAGGAUCCCAUGGAUCUUCAGAACAUGGGUGUCGUCACCGCUUACACUGACUGCGGGGAGAGAAAGCGUGGCACUGAUGCGACGGCGGGUACCGCGUUCAAGGAGCUCUACAACGGAGAGAAGAAAUAUGCUCCCAAUAAACAGGGAAUGGAGACCAUGCGCGUCAACGAGCUCAUGCGCGGGGACAUCGUCAUGCUCGAGUUUUCCGUCGCUCGUUACUACGACAAGACGGGGAACAGGGAACAGAACAUAGAGCCGGACUGGACCAGUAUACGCGCGUACUUCCGUAUGGAGGCUGUGACCUUGCUCAUGCCGGGCGACCAGCAGGUCGCUGAGCCGACGACGAGCAAAAAAGCAGGUCCAUCUCGACGCCGCGUGGGUGAUGUGCCCAUGGACACAACUCUCUAG